AUGGGCGGUGGUCAUUACGAAGCUCCCCGCGUGGCUACGCGACAGGAAAUGGUUGACGCUAAGGUGCCGCUACACUAUCGUGACACAUGCGCGGGUCUGCUCAUUCCAUUGAAUAAAUGCCGACGGGUCACGUAUUUUCUCCCGUGGAAGUGCCAAGACCUGCGCCAUGCCUACGAGAAGUGUCAGUACGAGGAGUGGAAGACUCGCGUGGAACUUCUCAAGAACCAGGAUUAA